CUCAGAAGUAAAGGAAGAAGACAGGAGCUGUGUUUUUUUCCGGUCGGUCCAUGGUCAUAACAAGCCAUGGCGGAGGAAGGGUCGCGCGGAGCGACCAAAGCAGCCCCAACAGCAGCUGAGGUGCAGCUUCAGCGCCGCAGGCAGGAAUUGGAAUACCUAAAAAAGAACGCAGCGCGGAUCCGGAGCCGGAACCUGCUCACCGGCCUGGGGAUCGGAGCCGUCGUUGUCGGCAUCUUCAGCUACACCAUCCUGUCGGUCAAACAGGAGAGGAUCGUGGAGGAGCUGGAUGAAGAAGCGAGGAUUCACAUCAUCAGAGGACCACGGACUGGGGCCAACUCCUGAUCAUGAACUUACAUGGACUUAGCACUCUGUGUGGGGUUUUUGGCUAACAGAAACAUCCAAACAUGCAUACAUUGAUUUCGUUUUUUUUUUUUUUUUACACCUUUUUAUUUUUGGAAAUGCAUAAAGUCUGCUGAUAAAUAUUUAGUUGUUAUUUGAUCAGAUCUCUAUAGUUCACAUGUUAAAAAUCAGCAUGUUGCACAUGUGUACAUUCUAAAUUAAUAUCAGAUUUUUAAUAACUCCUAACUUAAUAACUUGUAGAUGCAUAUACAUCCUAAUUGAUAAAAAUAAAAAAGUUGUAAA